AUGUAUGGCAAGUGUGGCAGCAUCCAGGAUGCAGAGCUGGUAUUUAACGAGAUUCCCAGCGAGUGCCGGAAUCUCUUUUCGUGGAACAUCAUGCUCCAGGCAUAUUCUCACAACAGGCAUCUUUGCGAGGCAAAGGCCUGCUUUGAUUCCAUGCCUAAGCGCGACGUUGUUUCAUGGACUAGUAUCUUCUCGGUAUAUGCCCAAGAAAGGCAUCUUGCUGAAGCUCGCCAGGUGGCGGAGAUGAUGCCGUACAGGGACGUUGUGUCGUGGAACGCGGUGAUCCAAGCGGAUGCCAGGGGUGGCCGCCUUGCUGGCGCCAAGUGGCAGUUUGACAGGCUGCCACGUCGCAGCACAGCCACGUGGAACUCCUUGGUGGCGGCAUUUGCCGAGAGCGGGCUUCUCGCCGGCGCCGAGGAGCUCUACGCGAGAAUGCCCUGUCACGACGUUGCUGCCGCCACCGCGAUGAUCCAGAUCCACGGCGAGGCUGGGAACAUCCUCGAUUGCGAAUCGCUGUUUGCUGGAAUCCCCAAGGAUGAUCGCGAUCUCGUGCUGUGGGGCGCGAUGCUGGCUUGCUACGCGCAGAAUGGAUUCCACGAGAGAGUUCUUGAGUGCUUCGACUUGAUGCCUCACAGGGACGUGUUCUCGUGGGCGAUCGCGAUCCAGGCGCUGGCGAUCCACAGGGGCGAUUUGUCUCGCGCGGCUGCGAUGCUGGGUAAAAUGCCGCAGCACAACGUAUUCUCGCUUAAUGCGCUUCUUUUGGCGAGCACGCAAAACAAGAACCUUGACGUAACUAUCGCGAUGUUCAAGAAUAUGCUCCACCGGGAUCUCUUGUCGUGGGCAACGCUGAUCUCGGCAUAUGCCCGUGCUGGGUAUCUGGAAUAUGCGUGUGGAUACUUGACACAGAUGCCCAUGUACGACACAUCGGCGUGGCUCCCGGUGCUAGCGGUGUAUGCUCGUACGGGUCAGCUGGACGAGGUGAAGAAAUUCUUGAAGGAAAUCCCGUACAUAGACGCGAGUACGUGGAAUGUUAUCACUGCCGCAUACGCCGAAGGUGGGCAUAUUUUAACACAGCCAUGUUUUAGUUCUAGUUUUGAGGUGUUUUGGACGCUGCAACUGACAGAGUUUAUUUUGCGCGGAGAGCUUGAGUCUGCUAAAGAUAUUUUUGAUCAUAACAAUGGUAAAUCUCUAGAGCUUUGGACCCAAUUGCUUGCUGCGUAUGCCCGGCAAAGCCAUCCUGAUGCUGCCAGGGCUCAGUUUGUAAAAAUGCCCCUUCACGAUUUGGUAUCCUGGACAGCCAUGCUUGAGGCUUUAGUUCGGGGCCAAGAAACAAAAGAAGCACAAAUAUUGUUUGAGAGAUUCCCUUACCGUGACAUGGUUGCGUGGUGUACGUUGCUAGCGGCAUAUGCCCAAUGCGGGCAUCUGGAGGACGCAAAGGAGCUCUUUAUGAAAAUGCCCGUACAUGACGUGCUCUCGUGGACCACCAUGAUACAAUGGUACGGCUGGCGCGGCCACGUGGCCCAAGCGCAGCAGAUGCUGGAGCAAAUGCCCGAACGCCACAUGGAUGCCGAUGUGGCCGUCUUGGCCGCGCAUGCCCAGGCCGGGCAUAUCGGCCAGGCGCGCGAACUCUUCGACGCGAUGAAAGCCCCAUUUCGCGAUCUGGAGCUCUGGAACGCGAUGAUCGCCGGCUACGCGCGCAGCGGCCUUGGCGAUGGCGCGCUGGAUUUCUUCCGGGGGAUGGAGCUCGAGGGGAUUACGCCCAACGAGGCGAGCUUGGCGGCGAUCCUGUUCGCGUGCAGCCAUGGCGGGAUUGGCAUCGAGCGAUUCGUGGCGAUUGCUCGAGACCACGGUGAUGGAUCGGAGAAAGAGGAGGAGAGCCUCAACCAUUUCCUCCAUGGCGUGGUGGAUGCUCUAGCGCGGGCGGGGCGGCUGAGCGAGGCGGAGGAGCUCCUCCAUGCGAUGCCGCAUUUGCCCGAGGCGAUGACUUGGAAGGCCGUGCUUAGUGCUUGCCGGAUCCAAUCCGAUGUGGAUCGCGGCAAACGCAUUGCCGCUGGCGCCGCUGGGGCGAAUCCACACGACCCAGCGCCGUUCUCGCUCCUCUCUAGCAUCUUCGCGGUCUAA